CAUAGGUCUGGUUUGUUCCUCGAACUUCGUCAACAAUCACUUCAUUAGCUCUAACAGUAAACGGAAUAAAAUCACUAGUCAGUUUAACUAGUAAUUUCCGACUGUUAUCCUUGAAAUUGUCACUACGAAGUAAUUGUGAAGUCAGUAUUUUGGUUUGACGGGGUAGCUCUGUUCAGUUUCACAUUUAGUCCUCAUUCAACCACUUUGCUGAGUAUAUAAUACAGUAAAACGGUUCCUCCAUAUAUAUUGUCAAUAUAUGAAUCUUACAUGAUAAUUUACAAUUGGUUCUGAAUUUCGAGUCAGUACUGUAGAGUUUUUGAUCUUUACAGGCUUUCAACAUCAGUCUUUUGUAAAUCCUAUUUCUGUUCAAAUGAUAUUUAAUCCAAAGUUCUCAUUCGAUACUCCUGAUGUCACACCAGUUGUGGAUGCUCAAAAUCUAUCAUCUACCCAUAUAUCAAUUACUAGAUUAGUAGAUACCUUAAUAGAGACCUAUCGUAAAGACAUAUGCUCCGACGAAAGUGUUGAAGUUUGCAGCGAUGCUAUUCCACCAGGAGUUUUAGAAGAUGAAAGUUCCACUACUCAGUUUACAGACGUCGUUCGAGAUAAAAGUAGUCGUGUUCGCAAGAAAAAGGAUGAGUCAGAAAAAUUUAAUUUUGCUCGUGCUGUUACAAAAUACAAGCAGGUGUCGUCAUUUAUAGAACUCAGUUUAGCUAAACCAUUACUUAAAUCGCUUACUGAAAUGUCCUUAGACAAACCAACUCCUAUCCAGUGCGCAUGCAUCCCUGUUGCUUUACUUCACCAUGACAUAUGUGCCUGUGCCAGGACAGGGUCCGGUAAGACGUUAGCGUUUUUGCUGCCUAUUUUGGAGAGACUAGCAAAAAAGCCAACUGAUUUUAACCAUGCAGUUACUCGGGCCCUUGUGAUCAGUCCGACUAGGGAGUUAGCUGUGCAGAUUUUUAACGUCGCCGAAAAGCUAGUUAAAUAUUGUCCAAAGCUCAGGAUUCAGUUAGCGGCUGGAGGACUUGAUUUACACUCACAGGAGGCUUCCUUGAGAUUGAAUCCUGAUUUGGUAAUUGCAACACCGGGACGUCUGAUCGACCACCUCUCAAAUGCUCCUAGUUUUAACUUACAACACAUCGAAUACCUUGUAUUGGAUGAGGCUGACAAGCUUUUAGACGAAUACUUUGCAGAGCAAAUAGGAGAAAUUAUUAAAUUCUGCAGCACAAAACGACAGACCUUGCUAUUUUCUGCUACAAUGACGGAAAGUGUUAAAGAACUUGCUAUACUUUCGCUUCGCGACCCAGUACAAAUAUUCCUCAAUCAAGCAACUGCUGUAGCCCAAUGUUUACAUCAAGAAUUUGUUCGCAUCCGUCCACAUAGAGAGGAUGAUCGACGAGCGAUCGUCGUAGCCUUGCUGAUGCGUCAUUUUCGUAAACGGACCAUAGUUUUCUUACCAACUAAAAAGGAUUGUCACAAAAUGCAUAUUAUGUUAGGUUUGCUUGGUCUUUCAUGUACUGAGUUACAUGGCAAUAUGACACAAGCACAGAGGUUGGAGGCUUUGAAGCGUUUCUCGUAUGUUGGUGUAAGUGAUGAAUGUAAAAAUAAAAGCGCAAUUGAUCAGCUUUCUGAAAUGAAUAAACAUGAUAUACGCCCUGUUGAUAUUCUUUUGGCAACUGACUUAGCAUCAAGAGGUUUGGAUAUUCCCAAUGUACAAACAGUUAUCAAUUAUACUUUACCUCAAACUAUGAAACAGUAUGUACACAGAGUUGGUCGUACCGCUAGAAUUAUGAAUGUUGGUCGAGCAGUGUCUUUAGUGGGUGAGGAUGAUCGCAAAGUGAUGAAAGAAAUAAUGAAACAAGCACCUUAUCCGGUUAAAGCACGAAUUAUAGCAUCAGAUGUUAUUGCUACUUAUCAGUCCAAAAUUACUCACUUGGAACCUAUAAUUGGAAAAAUCUUGGCUGCAGAAGCUGAGGAGCGAGAAUUGAGGGCCGCUCAAAGUCAACUAUCCAAGGCUGAGGAGUUAGUUACUUGUAUGAAGUCUGAAACGGCACCGCUCUCAUGUGUGGAAAGGAGAGUAGACUGGUUCGCUGAACGUAAACGUGAUAAGAAGACUAUUGGUCGAAAACUCAAGGUGUCUCAGUCGAAAAAGCGCAAAAUCAGUUGUGAUAGUGAUUCUGAAUAAUACUUAUUUCAGUGUAAAUUAUCUUUUAUAUUUCUUUAAUUAUGUUGGGAUAUAGGACAUACCAAGCAUUUUAAAAAGCAAAAAAUAUUGGAAAAAAUUUAUUGAUUUUAACUACUAUGGCCACUGAAAUGUUUCUAAUGAAAAGAGUGUAUCAGGAAGUUCAUCACGUUUCAGAUAACUAGAUUGUGUACCUUUUUUACGGAUUGACUGGCUGGCAACCCAAACCGAUCGUCUUAUUUGUUCAGCUAGAGUAAUGUCCUCGUGACAUGCGACGAAGUAAGCUAGUGAGCCAACAAAACAGUCUCC